AUGUCGCUGAGCCCUUCUGACUUUACAUUCGCCGAAGACCGCCUCAAGGCAGUGUGGCGAGAUGGGAAUCGAACAGGCUCAGGAGACCUCGACCUGUCUGUGCUUAUCAUUCAAGUCAAAUACUGGGGGUCUCCUCACCCAAAAAUCAUCAGGCAAAUGUGUCUGGAUCUAUACGAUGAUACAGAAAUCUCGGACGUGCUGCCGAAGAGCAGGUGCAUAGUCCAGUUUUCUAUCGGUCGAAAAAAGCCGUACGGUGAGAAGGCAGGUCAUUUUGAAGGGGCCAAGGUCAUCCACAGGGCGAUUCAGAUACUGAGACAGCUUCCCGCCACCUCGCCCACGAUUUUGGGGGCCCUUCCGUCCUCUAGAAGAGUCGAACCAGGAUAUCUCUUGCCAACGUCGCCGGAGGACGAGAACGUGGGAUCUCCGCCACAGGCGAUCUGGGACAAGUUUGCUGCCGUGAAUUUCGUCGACACCAUCGUUCUCCGUGUCGUUCUCUGCAUUGCGCAGUCCGAGCUCUCCCGUCAACAUGGCCCAGGACCACUCGAACCUCUGCUGAACUCGACUGCUCACUUGCUAGGCACAAGCAUCGACAUAGCCACCGAGAGCAGUGGAAGUGGUCAAAGAUGGACAGUCGUGUGUGCUUUCCUGUGGACGUCCUGGCAAAGACUUGCGGCCCUUCGGUUUCGCGACAUAGUAGCUCCACAGCUUAGAGGGUUUGACCACGCGAUGAACCACUUCAACUCUGUUCAUUCGCAGACCCUCCUUCCUGAACCUUUCGACUAUCGCGGACAGAUCGGACGCGAAGAUCUUGCAUCCGUCCCUUAUCUCUGUGCAUGGGCCCAUCGAACCUUGGUCGAAGAUCAAGCGUCUAUGCUAGGUGACACGCGGCUGAUUAUACAACGAUAUCAAGGGGUGCUUCGGGACCAAAGCUGCCAUCUGCAACGACGACUCCACUCAAUGCAGCGGUCUCAGCUCCCUUUCAUGUGGCCGAUUCGAGCACAGUACUGUCACAAAUCAAUCAAUGUACACCCGAACAUGGGGAGGCGCUUGCAGCAGACUCUUCUGGAGCAGGGAGUUUUCCCAGAAAUCAAAAGCAAGAGAAAUUAA